AAGCCACUCCUCUCCACGACAUGAAUAUUAAUACCAAGGGAGGUGGGGAGAGUAAUGUGCAGCUCUCAAACCCACGCCCAAGAAGCACCACACACCGACUUUCUCCCUUCAAGAAAUAACAGCCAAAAAGCCAAAAUGUCUGACAAACCCGACCUGGGAGAAAUAGAAGGCUUUGACAAGGCCAAGCUGAAAAAGACAGAGACAAAAGAAAAGAACCCCCUGCCUACGAAGGAGACGAUUGAGCAGGAAAAGAAAGAAGAAAGCGCAUCAUGAUGAAGAAGCAGGAGAGAUGUUUAGGCCUAUUUCCAUUUGGAAGAUGGCUCUUUGUUUUGACCAUUAACUGAUUUCUUUAAUUUUGGGAAAGAAAAGUUCCUUCCUUCAAGAGAGCAGGAGAGGCAGCACUCCAAAUUGAACGGGUAGACUACGACGACAAGACUGUCACGCGAUAUUCUGGAUUGUUUGUUUCAAAAGAAUGUAAAACCAAGGUGUGUUUCUAUGGUUUCUGGUAAUGCUUUAAAAAAAAUAAAUUAAUUUGAAACAA